AUGUCUUUCAAAGGACAUCGCUGCUCUCUGCCGGGAGUGCUACGGCUGGGUGAUUCCGUGACCCAUCUACCUCCCAUCCUUCCCGGCACCACCUUAGCCGGCCGGCUACUUCGCCACCUGCGCACCCUGCUGCUCAUCUCGCCGGAUCAUCCCGAAACGCGCAUCUACUAUCGCAGUCGGACGAAAAUUGCGGCCGAAAAUGAGCGGCUCGUGCGCGAACUGCCGCCCUUCAUUGUGCACCCGUUCAGCAGCUUCCGCAAGUGCUGGGAGAUGGUCAUGUACUUCGUACUGACGCUGCAUCUCGUCACACUUGCCUUUGCGUUUGCGUUCGCGCCGCACCUUUCCUACGGCGUCCUCAGCGGAAUUCAGCUCUUUGACUGCGUGCUGUGUGCGAUGCUGGGGAUGGAGUUUGCCCUGAAGCUGAUCACCGGGUACGUUAGCCAGGGCGAGGUGGUGCUGGAACCGUCCCGAAUCGUACGCUAUCGAAUGCGCUGGUGGAACGUGGUCAACCGGAUGUUGCUGUUCGUACCGUACGUACUGCUGCUGGAUGAGCUGGUGCGUGCCUUCUACCAGGAUGCGGUCACGAUCUACCUUUGCCUGGUGAUCUACCUGUACCUGCUGUGCGUUUGGCGCUUCCGGUCGAUCAACUGGUACUUUGCAAUCGUCGCACGGAGCCUGUUUGGACUUUCGGAAAAGCAGAUCCGGCUGCUGGAGCCCAUCAUGGACACGCUGUACGUGCUGCACUGGACCUCCUGUCUGCUGUACAUUGUGCCACUGCUAACCCUGUCCCUGCUGGGGGAUAAUGCGUUCGAGGCUAACUUCCUGGUCGAUGUGCUGUGGAGUCACGAUCAGCAGCGUGAUGCCUACCACUACCCGAUCACGCACCGAAACCGGCUGCCACCGCUCAGCGACCUUAGAGCAUACCUCCAGCAGCACCUGCCGAAGAUGUCCAUCUGUGCCGAGUUCAUGGCGGCACUGUUGGACGAUGUGGAGCACAACGUGUCCGUCACCUAUCGCUAUCUGCGCGCGCUGAUGAUCACGUUCAAGAUCAGUGUGCAGGGUGGACACUCCCUGUCCGUCUCCCGGCACUUCCUGCACGAGUGGACCCAGUCGCUGCUCCUGCUCGGUGGCUGGAUCUGGUCCACCUACAUCCUGCUGCUCCUGAUCCGCACCAUCAUCACGGCGGACGCAAGCGAAACCCAGUACGACGAGAUACUGAACGAGAUCGAUGCCUUCUGCGGGCGGAUGCGGCUGAGUGAGUCGCUCCGCCGGAAGAUGAGUCGCCACUUUGCCUGCCACUACCGGAUGCACUACUUUGACGUGCGGCCCAUCCGAAUGCAAGCGUCGGACAACUUGCGGCGCACGGUGCUGAUGGAGAUUGCGUUCGAGCCGUUCCUAACGCGGUCGGACGUGUUCCACGAUCUGCCGGCGUACGUGCUGCAGGACAUUGCCGAUCAGCUGCGGUUCGAGCUGUACCUGGAGAAUGAUACGAUACUGGCGGUGGGCAGUGCGGCUGAUACGAUGUUCUUUCUGGCGAUGGGUACGGCCGCCGUCUACACGCGGGACGGUGUGGAGCUGGGCCAUCUGAUCGAUGGGGCCAACUUCGGUGCGAUUGCGCUGUUCCGGACUGAUGCACAGCGAACGGUCAGUGUGGUGGCGCUAGAGGUGUGCGAGGUGUAUCGGUUGGAGCGGGCCAGCUUUCAGAAGCUGAUGAGACCACACAGCUACCUCCUGGGGUUGGUGGUGAAGCAGGCCGAGAAGCGAAUUCAGGACCGGAGCGUCUCGCUGCAAGAGUUUCCCGACGAGCAGUACUACGAUACGUUCUUUUAUUAG